ACACCGGGUGUGGCAUAAACACAAUCCGGACUGGAAUAAAAGCCUCUCCGACUUCCUGGAAAACUCGUGUUGGAGUGAGAUUCCACAGCGUCGGGGACCUGCAGCAUGUCGGAGUGGAAGAAGAGAUGUGCAGAGGAAUGGAGCCUGCAGGGCGCACCGAUGCCCGACAGUCAGGACUGGAAGUCCGUCUACGAGGCAAAACCGCUGGGGAGGAAUCUGCUGAAGAAUCCGUCGCCUCACGGAGUUAGUAAGGACACCCCUCCACCUGAACAUGACCUGCGUGAAGUGCCAAGACAUGGACCUCCAGGUUUUGAACCAGAUGUUGACUUCAGCAGCUGGACCACAAGCACUGAAAUCCUCCCCUACGACUCCAGUGGCAUCCCAGCAGGUGCUGUGGUCUGCCAGCGGCCACGAUACAGCUGGUUUACCAUGGAGCAGGUCGUGGAUCUGAAGGCAGAGGGACUGUGGGAAGAACUGCUGGACAAUUUUCAGCCUGAAAUAUUCAUCCAAGACUGGUAUGAGGAGAGUCAGCUGCAUGAAUCCAUCUUUGAGCUGCAUGUGAAGUUACUGGGGGCGGACAAAAGCACAGUGAUCUCCGAGCACAGCGCCAACCCCACAGAAGACCGCAGCGCUUACUCUCACACCUGGAAAGGGGUGUCACACAUGUUCUCUGGCUACGGACCAGGGGUGAGGUAUGUCCACUUCCAGCACCGGCUGAAGAACCAGUACCUGAACGGGUUCUACGGAACGUUGUCCAGCAGCAGCUCGGUGAUGGUUAGACCAACUAAAACUAGCGCCUAGGCGCAGUCCUAAAGGAAGCUGCGAUGUAGGCAUAGUUGCACCACACUCAAUGUAACCGACCACAUCAAUUCAUAUUUCCUUAUAUGAUGGUUAUUAUUAGUUUUCUGUUAAUGUACUAAAGAAAACAGCAUAUUACGCAGCCACACAAUUCACUGUAUUUACUUUUAAUGUUGAUAGUGGAGUAAGGUAUUUUAGUAUUCACUUUAUUGAAUUUGUAUUUGUUUAUUCUUUUAAUUGAAGGGGGAAAUGAAAUGUAAAUCAUAUAGUGUUUUGUGCCACAAUAAAACAGUAUUUCUCAUUC